GGUUCAACAUUAUUUGUGAGCUCUGCUUAAUUACAUUAACCGUUUGGUAUAAAUAUGGCAAGCAAUCGUAGAAGUUUCAUAGUCGAAAAAGUACUUCUUCUCAAGCAACAUGAUGAAAUUAUCAGCUGUCUUCUGUGUCCUCCUUCUGGCUUCUGCCAGCCAGGGUUUCAGCGUCGGUGGCAACUCCAUGUUAUCGUCGAUUGCAGACAUCAAGAAUAAGGUGGAUUCUACCGUGAAGUCUGCUAUCGGAUCUGUCGAGGCCGCUGCAGAAAAAGGUGUGGAAGAACUGAAGGAACUAGCUGACGACGUUAGCGAUAAAGCCGUAUCCAGCAUUGGCUCACUUCAGGACGAUGUAGAAUCCGUAGUCGCCAAGGCGGAAUCUCAGGUUGACGAUAUCCUCUCCAAAGCCUCUGAUGCGGCCGCCAAAUCAUGCUCAGGUCUUACUGAUACCCUCUCAACCACUGCCGUUGACGUCGUGAACCAGGCCACCAACUGCGUUACGAGUAGAGUGCAAACUGCCUACGGAUAUAUAGCUGAGUUAAGAGCCGAAGUGAAAAGUCUCGUUUCCAAGCUUCUUUCUAUUUCAUCUGCAACUGUCGACUGCACUACUGACGUCACGUCGCUCUCUGAAACUGUACACGCCUUCCUUUGCGUCAACAAACAAUUGGCUAGUGCUACUGUUCAAUCCGCCUCCAGCGGCGUUACCGUUGCAAGGAAGGUCGCCAAAUUGUCCUCCCUUAUCAGUAGUCUUCAAGUCCAAGUGCCCCUUUGCGUGGUUAAAGAUACCGCCGGUGUCCUUGCACAGCAGGCAUCCAGCGCUGUCAAGAAUGUUGGCGCUUGCGUCAAAAAUUUAGCUUCAUAAACUGGUUUUAACGUAAAAUUGAAAACACAGUUUAUCGUAUCCCUGCUGCCAGGAUAUACACAGUUUGUUUAAAUAUCAAUAAAAUAUUUUAUUGGUACUUAAA